AUGACGAAAACAUAUCUUAUGAACAGUCUUAUCGAAAAAAUGCAGUCGCCUGACCAGGAUUUCCGGUUCAUGGGUCUAAAUGAUCUCAUGACGGAAAUCAGGCAAGAUCCAAGCAGCUUUUCGGGAGAUGAACAGAUGGAGACCAAAGUCCUCAACCAGGUGCUUGCCCUUGUCGAAGAUAAGAUAUCUGAAGUCAAGAACCAAGCCGUAAAAUGUUUGGGCCAACUGAUCAAGAUUAUCCGGGAGCCACAGCUAGAAAACGUCGUCGACAAGCUUAUCGAGUUCUCCGGGGGUAAGGAUGAUGAACUCAGAGAUAUCUCAGCAUUGGCCCUCAAGACCAUCACUGCGGAACUUCCGUCCGAUGGAAAGGUCGCCGUCACUGCUUGUUCCAAGCUGGCGCCAAAGCUAUUAGGGCAGAUACAGAAUACGAGCACGCCAUCCGAAACAUUGGUGGAAACUCUGUCCAUUCUGUCCAUUCUCAUCGUCAGGUUUCCGUCGCAUCUGACAAGUGCAACGGCCGAUGCUCAGCCACUAAGGGUCAUUGCGCCACUCUUGGUACAUACACGUCCUGUCGUUCGCAAGCGAGCAAUCAUCACGCUGUCUCAAUUCAUCCCGCUAUCCCAACCACAACUGUUCACUGAGCUACUCCAGACGAACGUAUAUACUCACCUCGUCCCCGAUGCUAACAUCGAGAAGCAAAAGACCACUGUUCAAUUGGUCGCGGCUGUCGCACGGCAUUCUCCAUUGCAAAUCGCGCCCGUGCUCAAUGACAUCGCAGUGCAAAGGGAUGACGACGAAUUACGGGAAGGGUGUUUGCAGGCCUUGGAAGCGAUCGUUCUGCGGUGUCCCAAUGAGGCCACGCCUUAUUUGAGCUCGUUUCAUUCAGAUUGGCACUCAGAUGAUGAGGAUCAGUCUUAUAAGAUUCGGCGGUCUUCCACCAAGCUUCUGUCUGCUUUGAUCACUACUCGUCCCGAACUCUUGACAUCCAUCUACAAAGAUGUCUCUCCGGUCUUGAUUUCACGGUUUGGAGACCGAGAAGAUACUGUGAAGCUUGAAGUCUGGGCCACUUAUGUUAUUCUUCUCAACCAGACUGCUGUCUAUGGAGGUUUCAGCAAGGAAGACACAGCCUGCUCGCGGGAAGCGAAAGCGAGACGCAGAAAUUAUGGAUCCCAGGUUCCGUCGCUUUCGAAGGCUCUCUUGAAUCAGAUCAAGUCCCCCAAGACACCCGCCGCCACUCUUCAAGCUGGAUUCGGCCUAUUACAUUCCCUUCUUGACGUUCUACCCGGUUCCUUGUCUAGCCAAGUUCCGCUCAUCAUAACGACCUCAAAAUCAGUCCUCUCGCAGUCCCUUACUAGUUCUACGGCUACCCUACACCUCACAUGCCUGUCUUUCCUUGCGCUAUUUUUUGGAACGCAUUCCCCGGCCACCUUCUCUGGUUCUCUGCCAUCAGUGACACCUGUUCUUCUCAAGCUUUUGGGAGAAAGACAUCCCCGCGUAUCAUCUGAAACAUUUCGCGUCUCUCUAAAGCCUGUCAAAGGUGCGGACUGGACCGAACCUUUCCACGAUACUGACGCUGAAAACAAGGACCAGAAGGAAUGGGAAGCCAUUUGCCGGACAACGGGAAAGACAGAAGGCGGCGUUAAGGUCAUCAUCAAGGUGGCAAGAGAAGUCAGCGUUGGUGACAACUGGGUGAAUGGUUGUCUAGGAAUGAGCGGGCGGUCUGGAAAGACUGAACUAUUUACAGCUUUGGAUGUUCUGGUCAAAAGGUCUCGCCCCUUCUCUGAUAAGUCAAAUCAAGAGCUACAUCUCCACUGCCGAUAUUCCCUUCUGUCGCAAGCGCUCAACACACUUUCCAUUCUACUUCAGCUAACCCCUGCGACGUCUUUCCCAGAGAUCGAGAAGACCCUUUUAUCCGAGAUCUACCUUAUCUCGUAUUCGCCACUAGUUUCUGGUGCAGCGCUCGAUUCACUUCUGAACUUCUAUUCCACGCUGGUGCAGGCUGACAACCAGAUUGCCACCCAUGUCGUGCCCAACCUAGUCCUAAAGGUGGAGAAGGCGCCAAAGGCAGAGACAUCUCCUUCUAAUGUCGCCAAGUGCGUGGCACAAGUUGUCAAGAGUCAACAUGGUAUUGCUGCUGGGGUCAUCGCCGAAUAUUCAAAGCAUUUGAAACAAACCUCCAAGGCAAAACCAUCUCUGGUGGUUUUGAGCUUGCUUAUCUUAGGAGAACUUGGUCGGUUCAUUGAUAUGUCUCCGCAAACCGAAAUCUUCAGCCACGCGAUUGAACUCUUCUCCUCGGAUCAGGAGGACCUUCGGGCGGCUGCGGCCUUCGCUGCUGGCAACAUCGCCAUUGGCAACCUGCAUCUCUUCUUGCCGGCCAUCAUCAAGAUGGUUGAAAGUGAUCCGAAGAAGCGACUGCUAUCGCUUCAUGCGCUGAAAGAGGUGGUCACGCAUAGUUCUCAAAGUCAGCUAGAAAGCGUCUCGGACCUGCUAUGGGUGCCUCUCUUCGAGAACUCGGAAAACUCCGAAGAGACGACGCGAAAUGUCGCAGCAGCCUGUCUUGGUAAAUUGGCGAUCACGCAUCCAUCGCGAUAUUUGCCUCAGCUUCAUGCUCGGAUUCAGGACGAAAAUCCUGCUACACGUGCGACGGUCGUGUCUGCUAUACGCUACACCUUUGCAGAUUCACCAGCUAGCUACGAUGAGCUGCUAUCACCCUACUUGGUUGACUUCUUAUCGCUUAUGCUAGACCAAGAUCUAACCGUCCGGCGUAUUGCCCUGUCUGCCCUCAACUCGGCUGCUCGUACUAAACCACACCUCGUCCGGGACCAUCUGUCUGCACUUCUAUCUAGUCUUUACAAGGAGACCACCCUUAACCCACAGCUUGUCCGGACAGUACAAAUGGGUCCUUGGACACACAAAGUCGAUGACGGUCUCGAGACCCGUAAAACAGCAUACGAGACGAUGUAUACAUUGUUGGACACCUGUCUUACAAAGAUCGACCUCCAUGAAUUCCUUGGCCGAGUCAUCCCAGGUCUCACGGACGAAUCAGAUGAGAUCAAGGUCAUUUCGCAUAUGAUGCUCUUCAGGCUUGCACAAGUAGCUCCUGCAGCUGUCUCGCAGAGGCUCGAUGAAGCAGCACCUCCUCUCGAGAAGACGAUGAAAGGCGCGACUGUCACCAAGGACACUGUCAAGCAGGAUCUCGAGCGCGCGGCGGAGCUGCAAAGAAGCGCAUUACGAGCUGUCGCGGCUCUAAGCAAGAUCGGGGCGGGUGUCUCUCCCAAGUUUGAUAACCUUGUUGAGGAGUUGAAGAAGAACCCAUCGUUCAGCGUUGAGCUGAAGGAGUUGGGAAGUCAGUAA